ACAAAAACUUUUCAGGAGAAAUGUGUACUUUGUUGGGCUCCAAUGGUUCGGGGAAAACAACACUAUUGAAGCUAAUAUCGGGUAGAUUUAAGCCUCGAUUGGGAACGAUUACUGUGUUUGGUUGCCAACCAUUAACCAAUAAAUCUGAUAUUCCUGGUCCUGGUGUGGGAUAUAUGCCUCAACAGACUUCACUAUUUAAUGAGUUUACUAUAAAACAAAUACUCAAUUAUUACGGAAUAAUAUAUGAUAUGACCAAAAAUGCGAUCAUCGCUCGUAUCGAUGAAUUGAAUAAAUUGUUACGUUUGGCGCCUUUGGAUGCAGUGAUUGGUCAGUUAGACGAUAACGACCGCCGACUUGUCUCACUUGCCAUCGCUUUCAUUCACACCCCAAAGCUAUUAAUAUUAGACGAACCGACGGUUGGCGUCGAUAUAAUAUUUCGGUUUCGUAUUUGGCAUUAUUUGGUCAAACAAUGCCAACAAAAUGAUACGACGGCUAUUAUAAGCACUCAUUACAUAGAAGAGGCCACAAAUUCUGGAACCGUCGGCUUUCUAUACAAAGGCGAGUGUCUGGGCUAUGGAUCUCCAGACCAACUGCUUCAACACUACGGGUGCCAUACAUUAGAUAAAGUUUACUAUCAGCUCUGCAAAGAAUCUAUUGCUAAAAGUCACGGAUCUUUUAAAAGUGAUGUCGAAAAUAAUUUAUUAUCUAUUGAAGAACUGCUGAAUAACACCAAAAUAGAGGUUAAAUCUAUGCCAAUGAGAACCACAUUUUAUUGGAGACAUAUUAAAGCACUUGUAUUACGAAAUUUGUUGGAAGCAAAGGGGAAACCAAUUCCGCUUUUAAUGUAUUAUUUAAUACCAAUUGUGGUUAUAUUAAUGGUGAGAACAUGUUAUAGUAGACCGCAUAACAUACCGGUUGGUAUUGUUAAUCACGAUUCGCAACUAUCCAAUAUUUUUAUCGCCCAAAUGGACAAUAAUUUAUUUACCAAAACUUAUUAUAGUAAUAAUGUGUCCGCAUAUGAAUCUGUAGUUUCGGGCACUAAUUCGUUGUCUAUUGUGUUUGACAACGGCUUUACCGAU